AUGAUUGUGAUUGUGGAUAAGCUUACCAGUCUGCUAGCCUAUCCAUUCCCAGGCUGGCUUGUAGAUGAGUCUCCCAGCAAGACUGAGGCUGUCGUACCUCGAUCUUCUCCAUCUCAAAAAGGACAAGAAAUUGAACCCUUAACUGAAGGGGAGUCAGCAGAUGAUGGUGGGUCGUAUGACGAUAUUGGAGGUGACGUGGCAGAUUAUGAUGAAGAAUUAAUAGACGACUUGGAUGAAAAUACAGAAGAAAGGGAGAAUGAUGAUGAAGACGUUGAUGCUGAAAGGAAUCUAAAUGAAGGAAUGAAAGAGUUAAAUAAUCCUGAGUGCACUCGUUACACUAGUUCAAAAUGUGGCUUCCUGAGAGUCGGUCGACAUCGAACCUCUCGGAUAGCUGGCUGCAAAGACACUGGAACUCUCCACGGGCUGGUUGAAUCAGCUCCCGUGCGGACGAGCCAGUUGCAAGCAUUACGUACUUACUGUGUACCGAAUGCAGUUUUUAUGUUAGUUUAUGUUCUACAGACUACUGGCCGCCAUAAAGACUGUUUACGCGUGGCAGACCUAGUGGCCAGUAAUGAGCAUGGGCUUUACCAAGUGAUCGCUCUCCCUUUGCAGCUUUUCUCGCGUGCACAGCUAAGCAAGCUUCUUACCCAAUUACAUCGGUCUGCCAGCCGUCUCCUGCAUAAUGAAGGUGACCCCGUUGGAUAUGCCGAUGCAAAUGCAAACAAUCUUAGUGGCGAGGACACGUUACGUUCUCAAACUCCGUAUCUUGAAUAUGUAUAUUUGGCCUUGAGCGGCUUUUAG